CCUACUCCUCACCUCUCCGCACACUCACCUUAAAAGAAAGAAGAGCUGCCGGCCCAAGAGGAGUCGCCAUGAGGAACACACUUGUGAGGAUGCUGGUUGCACUUAUGUGUGCGCUGGCUGCGUGCGCAGAUGUCAUGCCUGUUCAGGAUUUUGAUCUGCAGAGGAUGGCCGGCAAGUGGUACUUGAUUGGCUUUGCCACCAACGCUCCUUGGUUUGUGAACCAAAAGGCAAACAUGAAGCUCGGGACUGCAAUCGUCGUGGCGACCGAUGGGGGAGACAUGGACCUGACAUAUGCCCACAUCAAGGAUGAUGGUACCUGCUGGAGAACGACUCAUUUGGCUAAAAAAACCGACACUCCUGGACGCUUCACCUUCCACAGCCAAGUUUGGAACAAUGACAAUGACAUGCGCGUCGUGGACGUCGCGUACGAUGAAUUUGCGUUGGUCCACACCAUCAAGACAAAGGAGGGCGCAUCUGAGGUUUUGAACAAGCUUUACACUCGCUCGCCCGAGGUCAGCGUGGCCCUGCAGCAGAGAUUCACAGACUUCUCCAUAGAGACCGGCAUUUUGCCCGAAAACGUCGCCAUCCUACCAAGUGCCGCGGAGUGUCCUGUGGCCUGAACAGUUUUCUCCUCGCUCUCCAAUGUCCUCGCCAUGCAGCUCUCCGCAUUUUUCAACAUUUAUUCCGACACUUCAGGAUUUCCAUUUCACACAACAGCUUGAAAUCAACAAAUAAGAGAGAGGCAGAGGGGAAAUAUGUUUGUGUUUUCUUGAGUGUUUUUUGACUGCUGAUUUUAUCGUGAUGUUUCUUGACCCACGAGCCAAUUAAAAGAUACAAAUUCUGAAUAUUUUUUUUCUUUUUUUUUUUUUAAAGCAACUCAUUAUUAUACAUGAGCCUCUGGUAGGCAGCAGAAUCAAACUGAUAUGUUAUUAUAAUUAAUCAAUAAUCCAUCCGUGCUUACAUCCAUGUGUUUCCUCGCUGUAUCGCAGUUCACCUAUCGUGGAUUCAGUGCGUUGCGGAUUUGUUUUCAUAUUCGUAUCGUGCAUAAUUCAUCAUAUCGUGGGUGUAUGCUGUUUUGAGUGUAUGCUUCCGAGCCUGCAUUUAAGCUGUAAAAAAGAAAAAAACAUUAAUUAAAGUACAUGUUACAAGGAA